UUUGUGACGUGUGUGCGCACGGCCUGCCUGGGAGUUCUGACUGGGCCCGCGCGAGCGUUGUCAGUUAGUGGCCGGUAGGUGGGAAGUGUCCAUGGCCUUGACCGUGCCCGUGCCCGUGGCCCGAGCUGUUCUCCGGUUCGUCUUCCGAGGAGCUGCUGUCGGUCCAAUUGCCUGUUUCCCUUCCAGGUGGUUGUCUGGGCCCUGGAGUCACUGUCAUUCCAGAUCUGUAAGGGCAAUGUCAUCAAGAAGGAAAAUAGGCCACCUUGAAAGGACAGUCAACAAUUUCCGUCAAGAGAUGAUUGCUGAAGCAAAAGUCUGUGGAAUAGUUCAGGAAUCUGAAACAGUUAAAAGACUACGCCUUGUCAUCAUGAAUAAAGAUUUUGCUUUCAAAGCAGGACAGUGGGUAGAUUUCUUCAUACCUGGCAUUUCACAAGUUGGUGGCUUUUCUAUCUGUUCAAGUCCGGGACUGUUGGAGAGGGAGAGUGUAUUGGAAUUGGCAGUAAAAUACAGCGAACAUCUGCCUGCACACUGGAUUCAUACUCAGAAUUUGUUAGUGGCUGGCAAGGCCAGUAUUUAUUACCCACUCCAAAGACCUUCAAGAAGUAAUCAUGCCCUCUUGAACUACUGCAGGCCAGGAGGUACCAAACAAGCUUCUUGCCUAGUCCUGGAUGGUGUAGAGCUUCUUCAGUAUUUUUGGAGCUACAUUCAUCCAGGUGGAGUGGGCAUUAAUCCCUUGUAUUCCAUACUGUUGCACGUCGCAGACCUCCACAGAAUGCAAGGAAACAAGCCUUAUAAAUACAAACCAGGAUCAGUGCAGCUGUACUAUAGCGCCAAAAACACAGAUGAACUUCUUUUCAAGAGAAGCAUCAUAAACCUGGCUAAAGAGUUUUCUGGAAAAAUGAACUGUAAUUUUCAUGUGACACAACAAAGUUUUGAAAUAUCUCGAAAUAUGCAACCUUAUGUGACAGCUGGAAGAAUAUCGGAAAGGACUCUAGCACAUGUAUCAAAGGAUAACCUCUGUUAUAUAUGUGGUCCACCUCCAAUGAUAGAGGCUGUUUCUCAACAGCUAGAAAAUCAUGGUGUUCCUAAAGAGAGUAUCAUUUUUGAAAAGUGGUGGUAGUGCAAACUGAAAAAGGCAGUUCCCUCAACAUUAUGAUGUGUUCUGAUAAUCAGAGUUAUAACUUUACUCCAGCAUUGAAUAUCAAUCCCUGGUUGUUCUUUGAUUCCAGAACCACUAGAAAUGCUGGAGGCAGUACUCGACGUUGGAAGUUGAAAUCAAUAUAAUUGGGUUUAACGCUAUUGUUGUGGUGAAUUGUCCGUGGAAUUUUAAAUCAUGAAUAUUGCUGUUAAAUUCCUGUUGUGAAAUAUAUAAAAUCUUAAAAUAUCCAACAGUAGAAGUUGACAUCCUCUUUUUACUUUCUAACAUUACAAAAAUGCAAAUUACAUAAUAUUUCUGAGUUGUGUUAUACACUGAACCUUUAGCUGAAGCUGCAUUAGUUUUAUAUCAAUGCAAAAUGAGUUAUAUUGACUCAAAUGGAAUUGAACAAUCCAGGAUUUGUACCCCAAUCUAACAUUCCCAUGUGCACCGAAGACCAUUUCUAAUAAAUAGUGGGUAAAUGACGCAUCAAGUAAAAUACAGUGCAAAAUCAGUGUGACCAGGAAAGUUGCUAUGGACUCGUUGACUGUUCAAGGGUGAGAAGUACUUGACUUGUUACUUUGACAUGCAAACUCAGCCAUCAGAAAGCAUAACGUGGACCCUGUGAAACACCAUCUGCCACUUGCACAUUUUGCUGUUUGAAUACGCGUUGCAGACAUUUGUUUGAAAUUUCACAGAAUGUGGUCAUUUUCAAAUAAAGUAUGUUUGUAUUAGAA